AUGGUCCUCCAAGCGAUCAAGUACGAGCGCGGCUCGCUCCAAGUCCUCGACCAGUUGCGUCUGCCUCACGAGGAGGUCUAUGACCAAGCGCGCUCCGCCCAGGAUGCGUGGCACGCCAUCAAGGAGAUGCGCACCCGCGGCGCUCCCGCCAUCGCCAUUGUCGCCGCCCUUGGCUUGGCCGUCGAACUCGAGGCCAUUGCUUCCAAGAACGAGCUGUCCUCCGUUGCCGAGGAAGUCAAUGUCUUCAUAGAGGAGAAGCUCAACUACUUGGUGACGAGCAGGCCAACAGCCGUCAACCUCGCAGACGCCGCUCGCAAGCUGAAGAAGACGGUGGAUGAGGCUGCCGCCGCACAGGGCGCUUCUGGGACGUCCGUCAAGGAUGCCUACGUCCAAGCUGCGGAGAAGAUGCUGGUUGACGACGUGUCGGACAACGAGAACAUUGGCAAGCACGGCGCCGAGUGGAUCAUGAAGAACACCGAGGCCGGCAAGAGCGGCCAGGUCAGUGUCAUCACGCACUGCAACACCGGGUCGCUCGCCACCGCCGGCUAUGGGACCGCUCUGGGCGUUAUCCGCUCGCUCCAUGCCAACGGUGAUCUCAUGCACGCCUUCUGCACCGAAACGAGGCCAUAUAACCAGGGCUCUCGCCUGACGGCAUUUGAGCUCGUACACGAUAAGAUCCCAGCGACGCUGGUGACGGAUUCCAUGGCGGCGGCGCUGCUGCACCUGAAGGGUCAAUCCAAGAGGAUAGCAGCGAUUGUCGUCGGUGCUGACAGGGUUGCUGCCAACGGGGACACCGCAAACAAGAUUGGCACGUACUCGCUCGCGGUCAACGCGAAGCAUCAUGGAGUCAAGUUCCUCGUCGCAGCCCCGCGGACAACGAUAGAUUUGCACACCAAGAGUGGCCAGGACAUUGUGAUCGAGGAGCGCCCAGGCAAGGAGAUGACGCUUGUCAAGGGACCGCGAUUUGAUGGCGUGUCCCUGGACCUGAACGUGGUCGAGACGGUGAGCAUCGCUGCCAACGGCAUCAACGUUUGGAACCCUGCGUUCGACGUUACUCCUGCCGAGUUGAUCGAUGGCAUCAUCACCGAGGUUGGCGUGUUGGAAAAAGACAGCGACGGUGCCUUCCACAUGGAAACAGUAUUCAAGUGGUGA